UUCCAUCUCUACUAUGACUUCUAAAUUCAAAAAGCAAAACAAAAACAAAAAAAAAGAGAUUUAGAUUUUCGUGUAAGAAACUGACCAAGGCCAAGGUGAUCAAAGUUCAUCUGACAAAGCCUCAUCCCCAUUUACGAGUGGUGAAAUCACAGGGCAGAAGAUCACCGUCAACCGUCCGCGGCGGAACAACGUGCCAUAUUACUCAACACAAAUCGCGGCCUUAAAAUGAGGGUGCACCGAAGUCUACGCCUGCUGAUAAAGCAUCCCAGUGUCCAGAAUGUCCGGCACUCGAGUAGUGGAUCGACCAAGUCCCUCAAGAUCCUGACCAAACACUAUGAGGAAAUCUCUAUACCAGUGCCCUGGGGAAAGCUCGCUGGCAAGUGGUACGGCCCCAAGCAUGUGCGGCCUAUUGUGGGCAUGCACGGGUGGCAGGAUAACGCCGGGACCUUCGACACCCUGGCUCCCCUGCUGCCUUCGCAUCUGUCCUUCCUGAGCAUCGAUGCCCCCGGUCACGGCCUGUCGUCAUGGCUGCCGGCCGGUACUUCCUAUCACUCCAUUGAUCUGGUGCUAAUUGUUCGCCGGCUGAUGGACGACUACAACUGGGACAAGAUAUCCAUAAUGGGUCACUCGAUGAGCUCCAUUAACGGAUUCGUGUUCAGCGCCUUGUUUCCAGACAAAGUCGAUCUGUUCGUGGGCAUUGACGUGCUGAAGCCGCCGAUACGGAGUGCGCGCCAGAUUGUCGAUGGGCUGGCCGAGCGACUAGAGGCCACCUUAAAGCUGGAACGGAGGCUAAAGAGCGGCUCAGAGCCUCCAGCGUACGAGUGGGACGAGUUGGUGAACCGACUGCACGAGGGCUCCAAUAAAUCCGUGUCGCUAGAGUCCUGCAAGUACCUGCUGCAGCGAAACUGUAAGCCAUCGACCCACGAGCCGCACAAGUAUUACUUCUCGCGCGACAACCGACUCAAGUCCUCGCUCUUCUACACGCUGCAUCACGAGGUUCCGCUGGAGAUGGCGCGGCGGAUCAAAUGCCCGCAUCUGUUCAUCAAGGCCAUGCAGGCGCCGUACUAUGAACGCAAGGAGUACUACGAUGCGACGUUGGCCGAACUGCAGAACAAUCCCCUCUUCGAAUACCAUGAGGUGGAGGGCUCGCAUCACGUCCACCUCAACGAGCCGGAAAAGGUUGCGCCCAUCAUCAACUCGUUCAUCAACAAGUACCGACCCUUAUGAGACCGGCCUGGCGUGGAUCUGGACAUCUAAAAAGUGUACAAAAUAGUUGUUUGGUAGCCCUUAUCCUUAAUUCUAAUGGUUAGUUCCCCCUUGACACAGAUAUUCUAACGAUAUUAUCACAGCAGUAGAAAAUAGAAAAGGAUGAUUUUGGUUGCUUCUAUUUAAUUUAUUAUUUACAAUCGAUAUACCGGCAAUAACAUUAAAGUUGUAGACUUAAUUACA